AUGGAACCGCUUUCUGGUGCAGCAAGCGUUAUUGCAGUCAUCCAGCUAACAGGUACCAUUAUUCAAAUAUGUAGUACUUACAUCGGCAAAGUGAAGGAUGCAAAGGAAGACAUCAUCCGUCUGCAGCAGAGUAUUAAGGCCCUCGCAGUCGUACUGGAAGCUCUUAAUAAGCUUCUUCAUGAAUUAAAGGGCUCAGAACUGAGCACUUCACGAAAAUUACUUAGCGACGUCGCGUACUGCUCUUCCACCCUCACAAAACUGAGGGAGCGCAUUGACCCAGACUCAACGCAAAAGUCAAGGAGAAGAUGGACAUUUCAUGCCUUGAAAUGGCCCUUGAAACGCACAGAGGUCGACAAGGCUGUCAAUGACAUCAUGGAGUACAAGACACUAUUCAGUUUAGCUUUGGAGAUUGACCAGACUCAGAAAGUUGAUCUGAGCCGACUACAAGUUGCGAAAGGGUCGGCAUUUAAUGACUACGAAAACCAACACACAGAAUGCCUUCCAGGGACCCGCGUCGAAUUACUGCGUGACAUUGACAACUGGACCAAGGAUCCUAACGGAAAAUGUAUAUUUUGGCUAAAUGGCAUGGCUGGGACUGGAAAGUCAACAAUUUCUCGGACCGUUGCAGGCCAUCUUAAAAGGCAAAAUCUUCUUGGGGCGAGCUUCUUCUUUAAAAGGGGUGAACAGGAUCGAGGGGAUGCCAAAAGGCUCUUUUCAACGCUAGCCAAACACUUAGGGAACACUAUGCCUCAACUGAUCCCUAGUAUCCGAAGAGCAAUUGAGGAUGACCCGGACAUUUCAGAAAGGGUGCUUAGGGAGCAAUUUGAGAAACUCAUCUUGCAUCCAGUCCUUGAAAUUGACCAGGGCCCAAAUAAACUUAUGGUGAUUGUGAUCGAUGCACUGGAUGAAUGCGACCAGGAAGAUGAUAUUCAGGUUAUCCUUCGGCUCUUACCACAAGUCCAGAAGUCAAAUUCAGUACAGCUACGAUUUCUGCUUACCAGCAGACCUGAGCUGCCAAUCAGGCUUGGUUUCCAGAUUGUUGCAGAUGAUUACCAGGACCUCAUUCUUCACAGGAUCCCCACGCCAGUGAUUGAGCGCGAUAUAAAACUAUAUUUUGAGGAUGGAUUCUCAAAAUUAAAGAGCAAGCGCUUACUUCCACCGGAUUGGCCUGGAGAUAUGACUAUAAAGACACUAGUUGAGAGAGCGCUGCCAUUAUUCAUUUCUGCAACCACACUGUAUCGCUUUAUCAGUGAUGAGCGCUGGUGUCCCGAAGAGCGCCUUAGGGCAAUCCUUACUGACCAGACCAGCUAUGUGACGAAGAUGGAUAGUACAUAUAUGCCUGUAUUAAAUCAGCUUCUCAAGGGUCAGGACGCACAGGAGUCACGGCAGUUAAUACAAGAAUUCAAGGAUAUAGAGAAUCCAUUCUGGAUUAGCGAGAAAGAGGUGCACCAGAAGCUCACUACUCAAUGUCUAAAAGUUAUGCAAUGUGAACAUUAUGGUUUAAGGAAGAAUAUCUGCAACAUACAUCAUGAUACCACACUUCGGAGUGAGAUAAACAAAUAUAUUAUUGGUUCCCAUCUACCUCCGGAACUGCAAUACGCCUGCCGGUAUUGGGUGCAUCACUUGAUACAGAGCUAUGACCCAGUCAAUGAGUUAAUUCAAGCUUUCUCAUUUCUUAAGGUACAUUUCCUUCACUGGAUGGAAGCAAUGAGUCUUUUGGGUAUAAUAUCUGAAGCUGUCAGAAUUAUCAGGGUAUUACAGUCAGUCAUAGAAAACAAUAAAGAUCCUGAAAUCCUCAAAUUCCUUUACGAUGCUUGGCGGUUCGCUCUUAAGAAUCAACAGAUAGCUAAUACUGCAUCCCUUCAGCUUUACUCUUCAGGACUUAUGUUUACUCCAAAGACCUCCGCAAUUAGGAAAUCAUUUGAGAGCGAAUUUCUAACCUGGAGGCAACUACCUAAAGUUGAGAAGACUUGGAGUGGGGAAUUGCAGACCCUGGAGGGCCAUUCCGGAUUAGUUCGGUCAGUCGCCUUCUCACCAAAUGGUCAACUGCUGGCAUCCGGCUCUUAUGACGAUACCAUCAAGCUCUGGGAUCCCAGCACAGGCGACCUGCACCAGACCAUCGAGGGCCAUUCCCAUUGGGUUCAGUCGGUCACCUUCUCAUCAGACAGUCAACUGCUAGCAUCCAGUUCCUGGGACAAUACUAUUAAGCUCUGGGAUCCCAGCACGGGCGAGCUGCACCUGACCCUUGAGGGUCAUUCCGGUGAGGUUAACAUGGUUGCCUUCUCACCAGAUAACGGUCAACUGCUAGCAUCCGGCUCUCAGGAUAAGACCAUCAAGCUCUGGGAUCCUAGCAUGGGCGAGCUGCGCCAGACCCUCGAGGGCCAUUCUCAUUGGGUCUGGGCCGGAGCUAAUCUUAAAGGGCUAUCUAUACUACAAGACCAGUGGAUUUUUCUUCAGAAUAGGAGCAUAUUAUGGCUUCCACCGAACUAUCGCCCAGAGUGUUUGGCUUUCAACGCUGGUACUCUUGCCCUUGGUCAUGCAUCUGGUCGAGUUUCCUUUAUUUCAGGCUUUAAUUAA